AUGCAGAUCAUGAUAACCAAGAAGAUUCAACACUUCAACGACCUCAUCGAAAUCGAUCUCACUCUCCUCGGUUCAAUUCCCGACAAAAGAUUCUUCAGUUUAGUUCAAGUCUUUUCUGAACAGGCGUCAUUCAGCUGGGAGCUCCAGUCUGGGUGUCAGGACAAAUUUAGUGAAGAUGAGGAUCAUGAUAACCAAGAAUCAAUCACUGCAAUCCGCAUUGCCCCAACAGGGAUCUCUGGCAACACAGUACAGCUACAAGAAACAUCUCCUCACCACAGCCGUCGACUCCUUGGAACUUGCAUGAUGAAUCAAUGCCACGCCUCCGUGUCUCCGUGCCUCCGUGCCUUCACGCUUCCAUGCUUCCACGAUACAUAA